AUGGUUACGAGGUUCGGCGAGGAAGUCGCUGCAGCCAUCAAAGAGACGAAAGAAAAUGAUCCUGAGCGAAGCCUCACUGAGAUCAGAAAAUGGCCUGAGUGCGAGGACUACCUGCAGUAUAAGUGCCUGGUGGAGGAGAGUGAGGAAUCGUGCGACGAGGAAGAGUUUGAGGAGAUCCUGGAGGCCAAUGCCAUGAGUCCGGAGGAGCUCGAAGCCUACCAGGCUACGCAAGAGCUGAAGUCCAAAGCAACCAAGGCAUUGCAAAAAGCGACAGACCGGGUCAAGAUUGCUACAAAGAUCGCACAGGAGAAGAAGGUUGAAGGGAUGUCAGAUAAGAAGGUGCAGGAGGCUCGCGCAAAGCUCCAGAAGGCAGUGGACCAGGAAUCCGCAAGCAGCCUUAUUUAG